AUGGCAGGGCCGGGCGAUGUUGACGGGGCGGGGCGUCGCCGCCGCCACGCGCGAAUCCUCUCAGACCCCCCCGUCCCCAGCGCCGGGGCGGCCGCGACUCUCCGCCACUGUCGGCGACUGUCGGCGACUCGGCGGGCACGGCCCGGCCCGGGCACAGCGCAGGGCGGCGGGUCCUCGGCCCUGCUCUUGCCCCUUCUUUUUCCCUACGGAUUGUUUUUGGUUUUUUUUUUUGCUGCCGCCCUGCCUUUCCAAAAACGACGAGCUCUCUCCGGAGCCGCGGAAGCUGCGGCGCGACACCGGCACAGGGAUCUGUCCCAUCCAUUCCCUCCCCUUCACAUGCACCCGGUGACGUGCCAAGGCAUGGUGUGCUCCAGCCCCGUGCUGAGAGCUCAGGGGCAAUCGAGCUCCACCAAGGAAGACAGGCCUGGCAGCGAGCCAGACCUCAUGUGGCUGGUUAACCUCACAGGCGCCCACAUCGGCUUGCCCCCGAUAUCCGAGGACCCCGAGGACCGCUGCACCAUCUGGGAAAAUCUGGUCAGUCUGGUGGACUUUCAGUCCCCAGGCUUUCCCCUGACUGCCGAGGAGCUGUGCGAGUACAUCGACAUUCCCCGCACGGCCAUCUCCUCCUCCACCACCUCGAUGACCACCACGACGCACCACGACGUGGCUGAGCCCUCUCAGCUCACGGGGAACAUCAACUACAAGACCAACCCGCACGUCAGGCCACCCUACUCCUACGCCACCCUCAUCUGCAUGGCGAUGGAAGCCAGCAAGAAGCCCAAGAUCACCCUCUCGGCCAUUUGCAAGUGGAUCAGUGACAACUUCUGCUACUUCCAACCUGCUGAUCCCACCUGGCAGAGCUCCAUCCGGCACAACCUCUGCAUCAACAAGUGCUUCAUCAAGGUGACCCGGGAGAAGAGCGAACCAGGGAGAGGCGCAUUUUGGAAGCUCCACUCCCGAUAUGCCAACCGGCUCAAGAGCAGGGCCUUCAAGGAGUGGAGGAUGUCACCAGUGCAGAUCCAGCCAGGCUCCCCUGAAAGAGCCCAGCAAGAGGCAUGGCACGUCAUCAGCCCAGCUGCCUCAGCCUGCAGCUCCCAUAACAACCUCGAGAUCAGCAUGGAGCUGCAGCAGCUGCUGAAGGAGUUUGAAGAGUUUGAAAACAGCCAGAACUGGAAUGGCCUGGAGAAGGAAGCGGGGCAGCAGCGCAAGCAGCCCACGCCAAUGGCCAAGGUGUCUCGGCUUCCCAGCUCUGCUUCCGGGACCCAGGAGGAGCGGAAUGACCUGACCGAGCUGAAGGGUGACACUGACUGGGAAGCUCUCCUGAACAACCACCUGGACGAAGACUUCUCCGUUCUUGGGGAUCUGGAGCUCCCGCCUCCCAUCCAGCCCGUAACACCCCACCUGGACUGGACGGGACAAGGGCAGCACACGGACCGUCCCCAAGAACAGGAGCGAGUCCUCACCAAACCCAACCACAACAACCCAGGCCCGGAUGAAACCCUCAUGGCCACAGCUUUCCUGGAGUGUGCCUGGCACAAGGAAACAACCGAGAACCUCUCCAACUUCGUCCCCAUUGACCAGGGGGCUGAAAACAUCCAGGCCUCUUUGCCAGAGAGGGAUGUCACAGACUGGAACAUUCUGACCUGCUUCCAUUAACACUUCACUGGAGAUGGUAGAUGGCAGUUCUAUUCUCAUGUUUGGCAGAUAUGUUGAAGAACUGCACAGAUACUUCUACACUUUAACUUCUUUUCAUGCAAAAGUUAUUAAUAAAUUAAACAAAAUAAUGAAGACAAAAAAAUGGAGAAGAAAACCCCCUUCUGCCUCCUUGUUUCCCUCCGGCACAGCCUGGCUCUGCCUGAGCUGCUGCCCUGGAGGCAGGGGAGAUCUCCUCAGCCCAGCCCUGCUUCUACACCCAGCCCCAGGACACGGGAACUCUCACCCACUUCCAUGAUGGCACAGCUGUUACCCACGGGGAAACAAAAGCACAAACCAGCACCAGCGUGCCAAUGGUUACACACCACCAGUACAGCAUCAGGCCAGCUGUGCCUGGUGUCCUGAGCCUUGGGUGCUGCUCCUGACCCUGGGAAUAGCCUUCCCUGCCACUGCAGGGAGUUCCUGGGGGCAAUGUGGUCUGAAUGCCAGGGGCAAUCCCUCUGCCUGUGCCACGUCCCCGCCCAGCCCUACAGAUGCCCUGAGAAGCCCAAGGGGCUUCAGAGCCCUUGUGGGCCCAGGGAGGCGAGAGGAGCUGCACAGAAACUGCAGGAAGAUCUGAGCCUGCACCAGACCAGUCCUGUCAAGGAGCAGUUGGGCUGCACCAGAGGAGGGACCAAAGCAGGGCAUGCUCAGCUGCCAGCCUGGCCAGCACAGGCAGGGCAGGGUAUGGCAUGGGGGUGCUGGGGGCAGCAGGUUUGGGGAGCCCCGUGGGGAGGGCAGGUGGGCUCGGGGGUGUGGGCUGGGGGCCCAGCUGGCUGCAGCCAGGCUGUGGGUACCUCUCUGUGCACGCAGCCGGCAGGCAGGGCUGCCCCUUGGGAAGGGCAAUCUGGAAAAGGCUGGUCUGGCCCCUGUUUGGGGGUCAAA